CGGCGGUUGACCGUGGGUUGACUGCAGCGUUGACCAAGGCGUUGACCAAGACCGUUGACCAUGAUUUUGACCAAGCUGGAGCCGGUAUAUUCUCGUCAAGCCUUCAGCCUACCCCUCGCCCUAUGGAUGGAAAAGUACUGCCCCCUCCGAGGCCGAGCAGGCCCGGAUUGCCGCCCUUCUGAGAGAAAAGAGAGAAAAGGAGCUCUUGAAGCAGGGAAGUUGAAGGCCAUUGAGGAGGAGGAGGUGGCGCAGAAGAAAAUAUUGGAGGAGAUGAUGAGAAUUCAAAAGGAGAAGCUGAUGCUGAUGCUGGUAGAGAGAGAGGAGGAGGAAAGGAGGAAGGCUGCAGAGAAAGAGGCAGCAAGGAAUGAAGAAGAAGAAAAAGAAGAACCCCUUGAGAGAAGACGCAGAGAGAAGAGAGGGGAAGUCAGUGCCACGAAGGAGGAUGACAGAUGGAGGGAGAAGAAGAUAUAUGAAUGGGUGGCUAACUUAUCUCUAGGAGAAGAUGAAGAGGCACAAUUGUAUGUGCCGCAGGAGGAGAGGGAGGCGUUUGCCAGGGCACUGGAGAUGAUAGAGGACCCCGUGGAACGCCAGGAGACAGAACAUGAAAAGAAGUUGGAGUGGACACUGAAAAUGAUGAGGGAGAAGAAGAGAAGGAGGGAGGAAGCCAGUAGAAUAGCCGGGGAGGUUGAGCGUGUACGAACCGGCAGGCAAGAACUGCAGGCCCAAACAGAGGUCUCUGCCAAAUUGGAUAAGGUGAUGGGCUUCCUAGAAAUUCUGAUCGAGGCCUGGCUCGAAGAGCACCAGGCCCGUAAGGGCCAAGAUGUGACUCUGCAACCGAUGCGAUCUGGGUUUAGGGAGUUUGUGAGCGAUGUGGUAGGCCACGUCGUGGCUGAGAUUAGAAGACUGAGGGAUGGCGUCGACAAGUUUUGCGCUGACGCCAUCGAGACCGCCAAGGUUGUGGCCACGACAGAGGCCACGGCUCGCCCCCGCAAAGAGCCCAUUAAGCUGAAGUUCCCUAACCCAUAUAGCAGGAAGGAGGAAAACUUCGAUAAUUGGUAGGCCAACAUAAACACCUAUGUCUUUUUACAGCAUAUUACCCCCGAGGAGCAAGUCCUCGUUGCCUUCCACGCGUUGAAAGACGAAGCAGCCAGCUUCG